AUGACAUCAGAGAGUAAAGUUGACCAACUUAUCAGGAAAACUCUCGAAGUUCAGCCCGAUUUCCCGAAACAGGGCGUUUAUUUUCUGGACAUCUUUCCUCUAUUCCACGACCCAGCAGUGAUCAAAUCAAUAACAGAUGAAAUUGUCCAGAAAAUCAAAGAAUUGUCCCCCAAAGCAACGGCCAUUGUAGCUUUGGAAGCAAGAGGAUUCCUGUUUGCUCCUAUAGUUGCGAUGGAACUCGGAAUUAAAUUUGUACCGAUUAGAAAAACAGGAAAAUUACCGGGAAAAGUGGAAAAUUUUACAUAUCAGCUUGAGUAUGGACAAGAUACGGUGGAGAUUCAGAGUGGUGUUUUGAAAGAGAGUGACAGUGUUGUUAUUUUUGAUGACAUUUUGGCAACUGGAGGCACAGCAUCUGCCGCGGUUUCUCUCUUAACAAAACUGAACAUACCUUGCAGUUUAUGCCUCUUUGUGAUAGAGCUCAGUUAUCUAACUGGCAGAGCGAAGUUGGAAGAAAGUUUGAAGAAGCAGUCUGGAAGCCAUUCCACGGUCAUUCACUCGAUAAGUCUUAUAUCAGCCGAAGAAAUUGACGAUAUACCGAAGAAAUGA